UUGUACAACCGGAGUAGGUACCUAAUAAUUCCAUUCGUGGAAUGGAUUUCCACCCUAAUUCCACGCACGUUUGACAUUACACUUGCAAGUUUGACAUUGACAUUGUAUUUUGUAAACAUGUCAUUGUUUAACCUAAAAACCACUAAAAGUUAAUAAAUUUACAUGACAAUAAAAGUGCAAAAUGGUAUUUAUUCUAAGGACACUGUUUUCCAAAGCGUUUAAGAAACCACGUAGUUAUCUGCGCAACAAAUUCAUUGAUUCAGUGAGACUUCAUGUUAAAGGAGGUACCGGAGGCACUGGCCUUCCGAAGUAUGGUGGUCUUGGGGGCCAAGGGGGCUGCGUCUACUGCGUCGGCAAGGAAGAUGCAAAUCUAAAGAAUAUUAUGAACAUGCAUCGCGGAAAAACCCUAGUUGCUGGCCACGGAGAAGACAGCAGAAAAACAAAAAUUGUUGGCAACCCUGGUCCAGAUAUCAAAUUGGAAGUCCCCCUAGGAGUUACUGUAUAUAGAGAAGACGGGAAGGAACUAGGCUCUAUAGACACUGAAGGACAAAGUGUGAUAUUAGCCAGGGGUGGCCCCGGUGGUACCAAAGAAAACAAUUUCCUUGGACACUUUGGACAAGCCCAUCAUGUCCGGCUUGAUCUUAAAUUGAUUGCAGAUAUAGGGCUGGUGGGAUUCCCUAAUGCUGGAAAAAGCUCACUGUUGAAAGCCAUUUCUAGAGCAAAGCCAAGAAUAGCUAACUACCCUUUUACAACAAUCAAACCAAAUAAAGGUGUAAUACAUUAUGAAGAUCAUAGACAAAUAUCUAUAGCAGAUUUACCUGGUCUCAUUGAAGGGGCUCAUGUAAAUAUAGGGUUAGGGCACACAUUUCUAAGACAUGUAGAGAGAACAAAAUUGUUGUUAUUUAUAGCAGAUGUUCAAGGGUUCCAGUUGAGUCCCAAAUAUCCCAAGAGGUCCUGCUUAGAAACUGUUUUACUUCUAAACAAAGAACUAGAAUUAUAUGACCCGGAAUUGCUCGAGAAACCUGCACUUCUAGCUAUCAAUAAGAUGGAUUUGCCUGGAUCUACAGAUAUUUUCAAGGAAGUGAGAGAGUCUCUGUCAAAUAUUGACCAAGUAUUGAAUACUAUACCAGAGGAGCUGCGGCCAAAAAAUAUUAUCUCAUUUCAAGAUAUUGUUGGGAUUUCUGCCUUGACCAAUUCCCAAAGUAUACAAGAAUUGAAACUGAUCUUGCGGAAGAGAUUAGACCAGUUUGCUGAAGAAAAUAAUCCAGAUAUUGAAGACUCUCAAAGAGUGUACAAAAGACAUAAAGCAAUGAUUAAAGAGAGAGGACCACAAGUCACAUAAUUAAAUUUAAGUAUAAUAAAAUAUUAUUGUUUUUA